AUGGGAUAUACCAACGUCAACAAUCCCAUCACUAUCGAUGAAAGCGCAACGAAUUGGUACACACAAACAAUUUCCAGACAGGCACGUUCUCUCAUACCCAAGGAGUUUGAGAAACUCCCAGCUUUCGAUACCGUCAAGUUCAGUCAUCGCAAAAGCUUCGGCCCAAUAGUCGACACUCAUUGGCCACAGGACGCGUCCGAGAUGGUACUCACUCUGGGCACCUUCGACGCCCCGUCUCUGGAGUUGAAGCCUCCAGUCUAUAUCUACGUACGUGGAUUGAAGAAUCACCAUAUCGGGUACUUUUAUGUCAACUCAGACUCGAGCGUCCAUCGCGUGCAACCGAGCGGUCUCAGGCAUGUCGAUAUCGACGAACCGUUCUGUGACGUCGGAGACCAUUCAGUUGGUGAACAGACCGUUUACAACAGGAUACGGGCAAUGGCACUUUACUUCUUCUUAGUUGCUGGUCACAUCGAAGUCAUUGAGAAUUACAGUCAUUUCUGGAUGGACUUUUCGAAGGCUUGCGGAUUUAUCGCAAACAGUGGCGUUCGCCCAAAGCCUCGCGCAAAAGCACAGAAACAGGAACCGAAAACUGUACCAGUAUCCGCUGCGACAUCAGUUCCGGGGCCAGAAGCGACUGACCUGACGCACGACACUUUCGCAUCCAGGAAACGCACCGGCGAUGAUGGACCCACGCCAACGGCAGAGGCCAGGCUAGCAAACAGUGAAAGAACAAACACCCCAUUGAGAGCGGAAAUCGAUACGCAAGCCAGGGCUGUUGAACAACUCAGAGCACAGAUGACAGUGAACCAUCAGCUCUUAGCACAAGUCAACGGACUCACAGCGGAGAUAAGCCGAGUCAAAAACGAAAGCAUGUUCAGUCAAAAUGCGUACCGCGGCAUCCAAGUUCAAUACGACGAACUGGCAGAGCGACACGCUAACACGCUCCACAACGAGAACGCUCUUCGCGAUCAGCUCGGUCAAAUUCAGGCACGCUGCGCACAAGCUGAGAGGCGAUCAAAGGUACUGGAGAAGGAAGUGGAGGGUCUCAAGCAAAGGAUGAGAAGAGCGGGAGAAGCGUUGGACGUUUCGGCUUUUUGA